GAAGUGACGUUAUCGCGUAGAUUUACGUAAGGCUAGCGCUCCGGUUUCCUGGCGGAGAAGAUGGCGGCUCCUGGACCGGGGGAGUAUUUUAGCGUCGGGAGCCAUGUCUCCUGCCUCACCUGCUUGGGGCAGCGUUUGCAAGGAGAAGUCGUGGCUUUUGACUAUCAGUCCAAGAUGUUGACUUUGAAAUGUGCUUCCUCCAGUGGUAAGCCCAACCUCAGCGACGUCGUCUUGAUUAAUUUAGCCUAUGUGUCGGAAGUGGAUAUAAUAAACGACCGCACAGAAACCCCUCCUCCUCUAGCAUCACUGAAUGUUAGCAAGCUUGCCAAUCGAGCACGGACGGAAAAGGAAGACAAGUUGUCCCAAGCAUAUGCAAUUAGCGCUGGUGUUUCUGUGGAUGGCCAGCAGCUUUUCCAGACUAUACACAAAACCAUCAAAGACUGUAAAUGGCAGGAGAAGAACAUAAUUGUGAUGGAUGAUGUCGUAAUCUCGCCGCCUUACCAGGUUGAAAACUGCAAAGGCAAAGAGGGAAGUGCUUUAAGUCAUGUACGCAAAAUAAUCUACCAAGAUUUCGGGCACAAAUUUGUACCCACUGAUUGCUUGUUGAGAAACAUUUUAGAGAUGUGGAAAGCCAGAAGUCCAUGCAGCGAUCACAAGCACAGCAAACACAGAAGGACUCCACUUUAUCAUCUUGAGCCAGUGGUUGGGCUUGGGGAAGACAACAAUGGCCAUUUAUUUCCAUUUCCAGAAGAGGCCAGCAUUCCUCACCCUCCGUGUCUGCAGCAGUGAGGAGAGCUAUGGGCCUUAGGUCUGGGAGACCGAAAACAUUAAAGAGAAAAAAAAAAAGAAAAAAGAAAAAAAAGAGGAAAAAGUUAAAUUCUCAAUUUAGACUUUUUAAAGAUAAUUUAAAGAAACCCGCCACAAAGUUUCCUUGACUAACGUUUUUUCCCCCCAACCUGCCUUCCCCCCCCCCCCCGUCAUCUUCCCUUCACCCCUUCUUCCAUUCCCUCAGAAAGUGAACGAUAGAGCAGUCAGAACCUUGUUAGCUUUAUUUUUUGCCGUACCCAUGUUCAACAAGUUUCUGCUUUUUCUGUAUUUUAAAAAUUGUGACUUUAAAUGCCACACUUUAAAAAGGACAUUUUCUAAAAUAAAAGUAACAAAAAUUCUGACUGUAAUACUGUAAUAGCUUUUUUGGAAAGCUGAAGGCUUUUUAAAGAUAAUGAUAUAAGAAAAUCCAACUUGUAGAGCUUGAGGACAUUGAAUUGAGACAAAUUGCACUUAAAGUGAAAACGGGUGGUUUUAUUUUUUGAAGUGCAGGACUUUUCUAACAGGGGUAAGAAGUAGAAGAGAAUGUGUGGAAAAUCAGAAGCUUACUUAGCAUUUUUCCCUCACAGGGAAAAGUCGUUUUGAUAAACUUUCUUUUUGUGUAAUUUUGACACAAAUUCUUUUUCUCCAGCUAUCCCAUUGGCUAAUCUAUAGUUUUUACAAAAAAAUGUACUUGAUACCCAUGUCAAAAUCUUUGCUGCAUGGCCAUGAUUGCAGAGAGGGGUGUAAUUUGCUUACCAUUUUCAGUGUAGCCAAAAGGUGUAGACUGUUUAGUUUUGUCUUAAUUUGGUUUUUCUGUGACCUUAACGUAUGUGAGCUACAUGUACAAAACACUUUAAAGAUGCCCAAGAACUACAAAAAUAACCAUGGCUAAAACUUUAGGUGUGGGUGUGAAGGGGGUUGAGAAUAAUGGCAAUGGAAACCAACCUGCCAUGGUGCUUUUCCUCUACCUUGAAAUGGUCCUUAAGUCUGACUCACAAUACCUCCAAAAAUAAUGGGACCAUGGUUUUUGUGUCAUAUCAGAGAAAACUGUGCUCUAAGAUUAAUUCUUACCACAUGGCUACACCUGGCAGGUAAAUUAUUUCCCAAGAUGCAUUCCUGAAGAAAAUUUUGUUCCGAGUAGACCUAUUUAUCUUCUACAAUUUAGCCUGAUCAGGGUUCAGCCAGUGGGGGUUCGUGACAUUUUGGACAGCCACAUUAUGGCCUUGUCAGCUGAGAGAUCUGCGUAAGGCUGUGGAAAAUUUCCUAUUCAGUAUUUUAUUUUAUUAUUUUAUAAAGAUCAAUGUGGAAAUAAAAAGGAAAAAAGAG